AAUAAAAGAAGGAAAACCAAAUCUUGAGUAUUUGCCGACAAUACACAACAAUUUCCGCCUAAGAGAGCACAUACAGAUAGAUAGAGAGCCUAGACAACAUGAAAGAAGUUACCCAAAACCCUAAUCGGAGAGAUUGAGAAAUGGGUUUGGAGAGUGUUGUGUUGGAGAUCUAGCUUUGAACAAAUUUUAAUCAAAAUUAGACCCAAAACACACCGCUAUUCUGGCUUGUGUUAACAGAAGGUUCAGGAAUUCUGCCUUUGAAGACUCUCUCUGGUCCAAAAUCUUCUUGGAUGAACUUGGUCUUCAUGUCCCUCUUGAUCUUCAUGGCAACUCUCUUCCUUCCUUUAAGGCGACUUACCAGAUAUGGAGGGUGUCUUUUAGUACAUAUCCCUGGCCUCUUGUUUAACAGGUUAAAAGAUGUUGGGAUAGACUUAAAAACUGGUUGACCAUUAACCUUCCCGAGGCAAAGGCUACACUUCGAAGGGGUGCAUCAGAAGUAGAUAUCCAAGAGUUAGAGAAAAUUUUCAAAGUGAAAUUGCCUGUCCCCAUAAGGAUUCUGUAUCGCUUUUGUGAUGGUCAAGAAGGCUCAGCUAAGAUUUUGAUAGUCUAGUUGGUUUGGGUCUUAUUGAUGCUACUGUUUUUAUGAACAUUUGGUUAAUGUGUACCUGUUGCCUUUGAGUCGAAUAAUCAUGGAAACACGGGAGAUUAGUGACAUGUCUUUUAACAGCAGAUCUAAGUAUAUCCUUGUGGCUGCUUCUUUGACGUCUAGUUAUAAGUUGUUCUUCCUCAACUGUACCAAUGGCCAACUCUAUGUUGGUACUAGGAAUCUUCUCCCAGAGAAAUGCUUCCAUGCGUUCCAAAUGAUUUGAAAAAUUUGCAAAAUGCUAGUAGUGAUCAGCAGUAGGAUGCGAUGCUACUGUGGUUAGAAGAGCAUGCCCAACAAUGAGAAAAUGGGAUUAUCAAAAUUUGUGAAGGAGAUAUCCGAAGUAUUAACCUAUUUCCUGAGGAACCUCCCCUGUUCUACUGCUAUAACCAAUGGUGUGAAGGUUCGUGCAUCUUCUGUGUUUAUUCCGGAGGCUGCUGACCUUCGAGGUCAUUCUAAGAAGUACUUGUUUGCUUAUUCAAUCCACAUGUCCCUCAUGCCUGAAGGAUGCAUCAUUGGUGGUAUGAAUUUUAGCUCCUGCCAGCUGCACUGGAGGCACUGGCUUAUUUGUGCUAGUGACGUAGGCGGAGAGGCUGUGAUUGGAAUGUUUACGCUGCUGUGUCCAAUGGAGAAAGAAUUUGUUUAUAAGAGCUGCGCAUCUCUACCGACUUCAUCAGGUUUCGUCAAAGGUUCAUUUACAUUUGUCCCUAGCAGUGGAGUCAAUUAAAAACUGGGUGAGUCAAAGGGUGCAGCGACGUCGCUUUAUGAUGAGCCAAAGAGGGUUUUUUCAUCUCAUUUGAUCUAGCCCUCAUUUCUCUUCUCUAUCUGCCUUUGUUCUAGAAUGUACUAAUGGGAGACGAAAUCUGUUACUCAUCUACUGUUGGAAAUUCUUGGGGUCCCAAGUGGAGGCUGAUCUUGGAGAUGACUGAUGUAUAAAUUGAUUCCAUUUGAUAUGGAUUUCCAGCAAGGGGAAAAGAGAAGGAAGCUAGGGUUUCUUCGGGUUGUAUUCUUCCUUGCUCAUUCUGUUUCUUUCUUUGUUCAAUACUAUGUAAAUUGUCUACUUGACUAUGAUAGUAAUGACAUCCUAUGUGCACCUUGAAGAGUGGAUGUAGGCUACCCAGACGAACCACUAUAAUUCCUUGUG